AAACAAAAAUAAAAUGAUGGCACUAGCCUCUUAAAAAUAUCACAUCUCUCUCUUGUCCCAGCUCUGGAGGUUGCUCGAUCUGAAGCUGCACAGCUCAUUUCCUCUAAUUUCUCUGGCUGUCUCAAAAUGGUUUCCUGCCCUUCAGUUAAGAACAUUCUCCUCCUAGACUCUGAAGGAAAGCGUGUUGCUGUCAAGUACUAUUCAGAUGAAUGGCCAACGAAUGCAGCAAAAGAUGCAUAUGAGAAGGCUGUUUUUGUCAAGACUCAAAAGACUAAUGCGAGGACGGAAGCUGAGAUAACAAUGUUUGAAAACAACAUCGUUGUUUACAAAUUUAUUCAAGAUCUUCAUUUCUUUGUCACUGGGGGUGAAGAUGAAAAUGAGCUCAUACUAGCCACUGUUCUCCAUGCAUUCUUUGAAGCAGUUAAUUCUCUUCUGAGGGGUAACGUUGACAAGAGGGAGGCACUUGAGAAUUUGGACCUUAUUCUCUUGUGCCUUGAUGAAAUUGUUGAUGGCGGAAUUGUUCUUGAGACUGAUGGAGACGACAUAGUUGCAAAAGUUUCUAGUAAUACUAUGGAUCCUGGAGCACCUUUAUCUGAACAGACUAUUAGCCAGGCACUGGCUACUGCUCGUGAACAUCUCACAAGAUCACUUUUGAAGUGAUACAAUGAUGAACAGACAAGAGACGUUGAGAAGAUGCUGCAAUAUCAAAAGCUUCCAUCGCACUUUCAACUCAUGCGGGCUGCUAAAAGCUUCUCUAAAGGUUCUUCUUCCUGCAUUAUAGUGUCGUUUCAUGCUUAAGGAGACUUGAGAGACAUAUUGUGUAAUGUGUUUGUUAUACAAUAAAAACAUAUUCUUGGAUUCUUAGUUUUCCUCUCUCUGCCCUUGUGCAUGUUUACGACAUCUCAGAUGGGUCUUUCUGGGAUUGUCUUAAUGUUUCACCGACGCCUCCAGUUUUACUAUAUGUCCGGUCUUUGAAUUUAUGAUGAAAAUGCUGCAUUUCAACUCUUGAGAGCGCUCUCGAGCACCAUUCUAAUCUUCUCAUUCUGGGUAGAAGUAAAGGUUGACAUUUGUGUAAAGACUCACAGGUCCCUCUAUGUUUUUUUUUAAACUCGGCAAAGGUCCUUAAAUUGAUGUAUAAAGAGGCACAUUACGG